AUGCCAUGGCCUGCGAUGGUCAACAACGACGACGUGCAGCAACUAUCGACACCUUCUUUCCCAUUCAAGAAAGAGCCCCAUCGCCUUCGGCUGCGAGCACGCAGGCGCCAUCAUCGCUCCUUCCAUGCCCUUCGACCUCCACCAGGUGUUCCCCUGCCGAUCAAUUUAGGCAAUACGCUUUUUCGAAACGCAAUCAUCAAGGCUCUCAAAGAGCACCCUAUUCCCAACGUCAAGCCUCCACAGUCCAGCACUCUGCAACGACUUGCCGAGCACCUGCAUGAAAAGCACUGGACACGAUUCCCGAAUGCCAAGUCAAUUAAACAGAUUCGAUCGAUUGGGGCCGCUAAGCUCAAGCCGUUUCAUGAACAAACCUGGUUCGUCUUCGAACGCGUCAAUGAGGAGAUCCGGUAUGACCCGCCGAGUAACGCAGCCUUGGCUACGCCUCGUCUGCGAACCGGCGCACGUAGACGCGCCAGUUCCCGCGCUCCUGCAAAUGGUGAGCCUGCGUCAUCAACGACAUCCCCUUCUGAACCCAUCACCGGCCCAGGGUCCUCCGCUAAUGUGGAGGACAGCGCUGAGACAUCAGAUCCACCAUUGCACCCUGAAGCAACAUCAGACAUCAUGCCCUCAUCACAACCGCAGCCGUCACCACAACAGCAACAACAGCAGCCACUCCAUGAUGGUGCUCAAGCUGAGCCCGAGCCUGGGGACGCUUCCCCCAUGCAGCUUCUGAUGGCCUUUCACGAGCACCAAGUGCAGACCAAUCGAACCCUUGACUUUGAGCUAUGCCACCAUGCCCGGUUACCAUGUGCGGGCAGCUAUCGCACCCCGCUGGCCUCCCUGUAUCUGCUGGAGGGCGCACAAAUACUCUACUGGAACCCCCUCGUGGCACCGACACCACUAAAUUGUCACGAAUGUGGUACCCAGCUAUCAGCCUUGCCAGCAUCGUGUCCUCGGAGUGCCAACUGGUCCAAGUUGUUCCCCAUCGAACACGAGGGCGCAGAGCCACGAUUUGCCUCCUUUCGCGUCGUUCGCUGCCCAAACGAUGAUUGUGCCCUGCGCUUGAAGAAGAAAGGGCAAAAGUCUGCCCAAUCCUUUCACUCCGGCCUGGAAGCCGUGCUCGAGGCCAUGCCUACCUCAUUGGCAUCCAUGUUUGAGCUCCACAUCGGCUCGCGCAACCCAAAGGCAUUCUAUAGCAUGCCAUUCUACACCCGCGUCUUUGAGUCGCUUUGUGGAAGUACCACCUUGCUCUCGUUAGAGGAGGAGUGCAAUCGGCAAGCCAGCGUGCGAAUGACUUUGCUUGACACAUGCUAUUGCUCCCACGUGCUCGAAUUUCGGAAGCGCGCCGUCCAAGUCACCGAUAUAGCUGAUGUCAAUAUCCCAGGGCUGCCAUCCAAACGCCCUUUUCCGAAGCCUCGUGAAGUGGUGGCAAAUCUCAAGGUGGAGCCUCUCGCGGCAGUGCACGAACGUUGGAAAGACGACAAAAACCACUAUCAGAUGUUCACCAGUACUUAUCGGCGGACGCUUGGGCGGCUUCGUACAACCUUGGGCGACCAGAUCAUGCCUCAGCUUCUACAAAGCAGUGCAAUCAUGCUGGCCUCUUCAGCAGAUGUGCUGGCCAUGGAUCACACCUUCAAGCUCUUGAAACAUGUUCGUGGCACGGGCUACAACGCUGUCGCCACAAUCCGGAGCAACACAUCAGGGGCAGCACUAGCUGUGAUGGUACCCACCACUGCAAUCGGUCACCUUUCUCAUACUUUGAGCGGCAUAUCACACCUGCAACAGGCACUUUCAAAAAAGGCGUUGCAGCAACUGAAAGUCAAAAUCGACUCGGAAACCGUCCUUUUCGAGCACUUGAACGCUGAUGAGCGUUUUGCCUUUGAGCUCCUUGCUCACUACGGCAUCACGCAAUCUUCAAAAGAAGGCCGUUUGUCGUGGAGGCCAUCGGCGCCGCAGGAUUGGAUUGAACAACUCGCCGCGCCAGACAGCCAAGCCAUCUACGUGGACAAUUGCUGUACCGUGCGCGAACAAUUACUCGCUGCUCUGCCUUCUUUGGCCCGACAGUUUCAAACCCCUCAAGACGCGCGACAAUAUGAGCCAGUGAGCAGCCGAAUUGUGCACAUCAGAGUCUUGGAGAGCGAACGCCUGCGCACUGCCUCUGGAGCAUCGCCAGAAGCUCGGGACGAGGCUGGCCAAGAAACUACUCAAAUGCCAGCAGAAGAGUCGACUAGCAUGACAGACGAAACCGACUCGGAGGAUCAAUUCCUCGCCAGUCAAGCUGGCUCACGUUCCUUCCGUAAAACGAGCAAAGCAUUCACACCUGCACUGGCUUUCCGGCAUUCUGCAGAGUGGGCCCCCCCUACACAAUUUUAUGGAGGCGAGAAAGAAUAUGAGACGCUGUAUGCAAUUCUGAACGAGCCCUUUGUCAUUGACGCGUAUGGUGACACACAGAGCAAUGGCUUGGUGGCAUUGACCAUCGCAGGCCGCCUGCCUGAAAAUCAUGGCAAUGUCGUCGUUGUUCUAGACACAUUUGGGGUGGCAUCCAAGGAUUUCGAGGCCAUUCCCAUUCUCAAGGCAAUCAAGGCAGCUGCGCAGGACCCGCAGUCUCGCAUCUUCAGCUGUCGCACUGCCCGAACGGCAGACCUGAUGGCACAAGUGGAAGUGAGCUUCCGACACCUCCAAAAAGCCGAUGAGCUGGCUAUGGCGAAGCUCAAAUUGGUGCGCCCUGCAAACACGAACCACAAGGCGUGGAUCAGAAAGCUGGCCAAUGCCGCGCUUGAGCAGCUGUUUGGCUCCUCGCAUUUACAACUGCCAUAUUCUCGUGACUUUGACAGGCAAGAGUCUGACCACCUCAGCGUAGCACGACGCCGUGCCUUGGCAGCGAAAGCGACCCUGCACCACAUCAUCGCCCAUGUGGCAAGCGAAGGCUCAGUGCAGCUUGAUGUGGAUGACAUCAAAACCCGGCUUGAUCAGCAACAAAAUGAGGAUGACCGCGCCCCACCACAACAAAUGAUGGCUUCUUCAGGUGUCUUGUUGGAUGUCUUUCAUGUGACUGGGAGCAGCUCAGGAGCCGUUGUGCGCAAGCUGCGAGGGCCUGUCGAUCUGUCGAACCGCUUACUGGGCUGGGCAGAAUGGGUUAAUGCCUGUCCUGAAGACAAGAAUCAGAGCUUGGUUGAGCCGUGGAGUGAAAGUGGUGGCUUGAACAAGUGCGUCGAGGAUAUUAUUGAUGCUCACGUCAAGACGGGUUGCCUAUCUGACCCAGAUGUACUGUUGGAAAAGUUGUACCGGAAGCUGCCUGAGACGGCUUCCAAGCGCCCUCGCUUCAGGUGCGCGCGAGGCUCAAGUGGCAACGAAAGUCUUCAUCAACGCCUGGCCGCAGCCAUUCCCAUUGGCACACGUGAUCCAAGUGCAGCCGGGGCACUCGUCGCUGUCCUUUUUCGCAUCGCCUAUGAUGCUGGUAUCGAAGCAGGCCUGUACACGAAUGAGGGCCAUCACUACGUUGCUCUCAGCGCACGACGCAACGAAAUUUAUCGCAGGUUAUUCAAGGAUCAACCGGACCCAGCACGUCUUCCACCCUGGGAUGUCACCAUGCCCGUGCCCCUGGAGCUUUUCCACCCUAUGCAGCCAACUCUUGGAGCUACAACAGAUCAAGUCAAGGACGUAAAUUUGGGCAUAGAUCAACAGGAGUAUGAGAUGGCAAUGCAGCAAUUCCAGGACACUUGUUCCAGGAUUGCUGAUGCAAGAUUGCGACGCAAUGGCGAGUCGCCGCAGCAACCCAUGCCCGUGCCACAUCCAUCGGAUACACAGCAAACCCAUUCCGAUCCCUCUCCGCCCUCGGCUUCACCCCCUGCCACUGCCAUUUUGCCCGCUGCCAUUUCACAUCCUGUCGAACACAGUGAGCAUGCAAACUCAGCCCCACUUGGCGAAGUCAGUGAGAGUGAAACACACGAUGCAGCGGGCGAACACAGUGAGAGUGAGCAAGAUGUUCUUCUCAGCGAUCCUGCUCCGCCCAUCGCUGCCAACGUGCUGGAUGCCCAGCGCAAGGUCCUGCUGAAGACAUCUGGCCACAGGCAACUCCUCGCCUGCCCAUUUGGGCUUUGCAAAUGCAAGGGGCCCCGCCUUGACCGCAAAGCCUGGGUUAAUCAUGUACUACGCGAGCACCCCUACGACGAGCAAGCCACUGAUCUGGUCAAGCAGGUCUUGGAGGCCAAAUUGGUCGCCCAGUGCAACAAGUGUCACCUCUUCUUCGAAGCUGCUGGUAUCAGUCAACACCGCUCCCGAUGUGGUGCCAAUCUGAAGCGAGCGACCGAGGCGUUGUUUCAUGCGGCUGGACACGACCUGCUUGAGAUUAUGCGUGGCGCUUGGCCCCAACACUGCCUCAGCACGGGUGUGGAUCUGCUCACCAUUCGCCACGUGCUGUGGUAUGGCAACGGCUACAACGUCUAUACGCUGGCCCAGGCAUUUGGUCGGGCUGGUCGCGAUAAACAGGGUGGAACUGCCGAGCUGUGGCUACCAGUGAGACGUGGGCCAGCACCGGGCAUGGAAAAUUUUGUCGAGGGCAAUGCGUGCCGCAGCUGGGCGCUCGGCAAGUUGCUAGAUCCCCGCGCCGCGACAUGCUUUGCUGCCGGCCAGCCGCUUUGUGACGUGUGCGCAGGAACAGCACAGCGCCUGGAGCCAGCAAGAGCUGCACGCCAGCAGCGCGCUGCCCAAGCGUUGAGUGUGGGGCAUGUGGAAGCAGAGCCCGAGGCGAUGGCGGAGGAGGAAGAUGUGUUGUCUGAGCCACCUGCAGCACGGCUCGAGGAAGAAGAAUCGAUCGGGCCAGAGUCCGCUUUGGAUGUAACUUCAGCAUCGAGCGUUGACACAGUCGCGUCCCCAGGAACAGGUGCCGUUGCAGCGCAGUCGAGCAGAAGCACUCCACGUGCCCAAGACACGGCUGUGAUGGCGACAAAUGCAGGGCCUAUGACGGAUGCUGCCGUGCCACGGAUACAGACGAGUGCUGCUUGGAUUGAUGAGGCAGAUACAGCAUCCAUCGGCGCAAGCAGCGGAGUCGCCUCUUCCCGCAGCAAAACGAGCAGCAUCGAGUGGCACGCGCACCGCUACCGUUGCCGCUACUGCUACCACUCGCUCUGA